AUGGCUCUCCAGUACAUUACAAACGUCGCAUCGAAAGCGAGCCCGUGGAGCUCCAAACCCGUUUUGACUGACGAGGACGAGGCUUUCUUACAACGCGUCACAUCGACUCCGGACGACGGAAAUAAAAACAUCGACACGCCCGAAGCAAUCAAUCCGCUGGGGAGAGAUGCGCAAACCGCCUUGAUGGAUGGUGCCCAGGAUAUUCCGUUACCAAUGUCUCCGUCGGAGGAUGUUGAGAGGAGACUCCCUGAGCAAGUGACGGAGACCAAGGAGGAAAAGGAAGAAUUGAAUAAUGUCACAAUUACAACUACCAAGAAGAGAAGACCAUGGAGCAUAUGGACGAAGAAGGGAAGCAGCGAAGUCCAUACAAAGAAGGACAAAGGAAAAGAUCCCAAGAUCGAUGCGGACGAAAUAGCCACAAAACCAACAGCUGGUGACGGUAUUCCAAUAGCAAACAAAGAGCAAAAGGAAGAACAAGAAGACCUCGCCAUAAUAAUGGAACGACUCAAUCUCUCCGCCGAAAAUAACCGCGCAUUCUCCGUCAGCGACGAGACGCAGCAACUUCUGUCGAAAUUCAAACUGAUUUUCAAGGAUCUCGUGACGGGUGUGCCUACAGCUUACCGUGAUCUGGAGUCGCUGUUAACGAACGGCGAUAAACAACUCAAGGACGCAUUUGGACAUCUGCCCGGGUUUCUGCAGAAGCUUGUUCAGCAACUCCCUGAGCGAUUUACCGAAUCACUAGGUCCCGAGCUCAUGGCUGUAGCCGGGGAGCGGGCUUCGAGGACUGGAGUCAAUAUGGAGAAUGCAGGUAAAGCGGCCGCUGCAGCGCAGAAAAUGGGAUUCAAAGCGCCGAAUUUGAAGGAGCUUGUUGGCAAGCCAACCGCAAUUGCGGGGAUGAUGAGGUCGAUCAUCACUUUUCUUCGAGCCCGGUUUCCGGCUGUCCUGGGAAUGAAUGUGUUGUGGUCUUUGGCUUUAUUUAUUGUAUUGCUUGCCCUUUGGUACUGCCACAAACGUGGCAAGGAGGUACGACUCGAGAACGAGCGCCUUGUCACAGAAGCCGAAAUCACCAAAAUGAAUGAAGAGUACGAACAGCACAUUCGUCCUACAGAGACCUUGAGCACGACUGCGCCUAGAGAUGCUCCGAUAUCUGAUGUGCGGGAUGGUGUUGAGCAAGUCCAGAAAACGCGAGAGCAGGCACUUGCAUCUGACUCCAGCACCAACCUACAGAAACCUCAGGCAGAAACAGUAUCACCAUCCCCAGCAGCAACGGUGGCAGUGACAGCAGCACCGGUGUCAAGCAAUACCAACGCAACACCCACAUCGGCAUCUACUCCCCCUGCGACUGGUAGGAGGAACUCAGAGCGCAGUCGAUUCUCACUCCUGCGAACGUUCUCGAAAAGGACGAAGAGCGAGGAAACUAGUAAUAUCCAACCAUACCCUGGCACAUAA